AUAGACAUAAAGACACAUACCAAACAAGUAGGAAAACUUAUCUUCCUUCUCCAGAAAAAUUACUUUAUAAAGACCACUCCCUGCAAGUUCUAGCUCGUCAGUGUAAUUGUCUUCCUUCACCAAUUCAGCUUCGAUCGCCAUCCGAAGAAUGGAGAAGAUACAGCACAGGCACGUUGAGAUAAGAGGUCUCAAGCAUCAUGUCGCCGAGAUAGGAACUGGUUCUGUGGCGGUGGUUUUCUUGCAUGGGUUCCCUGAGAUAUGGUACUCGUGGAGACACCAGAUGAUCGCGGUCGCUGAUGCUGGAUUCCGGGCCAUUGCUCCUGAUUGCAGAGGCUACGGACUCUCCGAACAGCCUCCCGAACCUGAAAAAGCAUCUUUCGUGGACCUUGUUGAAGAUAUCGUAGCAUUGCUUGAUUUGUUUGGCAUCCCAAAGGUUUUCAUUGUCGCAGCGGAUUUUGGAGUUGUAACCAGUUCACUAUUUGCUGUCCUUCAUCCCGAAAGGUUGUUGGGAUUCAUAACAUUAGGCGUGGCAUUCUUCAUUCCCGGUCUACAAGAAGUCCCACAAGAUCUCGUCCCUGAAGGCUUCUACAUAUCGAGGUGGCAGGAGCCUGGGAGAGCGGAAGCGGAUUUUGGACGGUUCGAUGUCAAGACUGUAGUGCGUAACAUUUACAUUCUCUUCUCUAGAAGCGAAGUCCCGGUGGCUAGGAAAGAUCAAGAGAUCAUGGACCUAGUUGAUCCAUCCACUCCUUUACCACCCUGGUUCACGGAAGAUGAUCUAACAGUCUAUGCAACCUUAUAUGAGAAAUCCGGAUUCCGUUAUCCAUUGCAAGUGCCAUAUAGGACGCUGAAGGUAAAACUGGAUAUAAAAGACCCCAAAACUCUAGCUCCUGCACUGCUUAUCAUGGGUGAGAAGGACAUUGUACUCAAAUUCCCAGGAAUGGAAGACUUCAUAAAGAGAGGUAAGGUGAAGGAGAAUGUCCCAAAUUUGGAGAUGACAUUCAUUCCUGAAGGAUCACAUUUCAUUCAGGAACAGUUCCCAGAAAAGGUGAACAAGCUCAUCAUCAGCUUCCUCAACAAGCACUCUACUGCAGGAAAGUGAUCCUAGUAUUCCGUCCUUGAUGUUUGUUUGCGAUUCUUGGGAGAUGGUCAUCUAGUGGUAUGGAUAAAUCAUAAAAGUCUUAUGACAGUCUGUUUUAUGAAGUUUCAUUUUCACCUUGUACUGCAGGAUGAUGAAAUGGAAUUUCAGAUUCCUUAUGUAGUUUGUUAUAUAUUAUGAAAACAAGUGAAUAAAUAUCAUCGAGAAAAAAAUAAAUUCCAAGAGUGGAACUUAGUGAAAGAA